AUGCUUCCUGAAAUCUCCCCAAAUUCGCCGCUCGCGCUGGCGGUGGCAAAUACCAUUCGACCCAAGUUGGUGGAGAUGGGCUGGAGCACGGAGGAUGGUCAAGAGUCGGCGCUCAUCGAUUACAUUGUCUUGAUGCUCGCCAACGGAAAGACCCAAGAGCAGCUUGCAACUGAGCUGUCAAGUGAUUUCCUGGGUUUGGAGGAAGGCGACACACAAGCUCUCGAGUUUUCCAGAUGGCUUUUUGGGCAGGUCGAGAUUCUCAACCAGCAAAUCAACGGUGUGCCUGUAUCAAACGGCCCGAUCGUGGAACAACAAGUACCUUCAUUCACAGGCCAGGAGUCUGUCGGCCCCGCAUCGGGAUUCCAGGGAGAUGGGCAGGAUGCGGAGAUGGGUGAUGCGACUGUUACCAACGACGGGAUACCAACGGGACCCAAAGCGAUGCGCAACGGAGGACCGGGCGGUCGAGGAAGAAUGCUCAACCAAAUCAAUAGGAACAUGGACCGCGCGGGCGACGGACCCCUUCAUCGUGUUCGCGGACAACAAGGCAGUGGUCGCAUUGGUCGAGAUCAAAUGAAAGGACCCCGGUCCCAGAACAUGGGUGGUCGCGGAGGUAGAAAUAUGGGCGGCAUGGGAAUGCACGGCAACAUGGGCCCCGGGAUGGGCCAAAUGAGCCCCGAGAACCAGAUGCAGAUUAUGUCGAUGUUGGAGGAGCAGGCAAGAAUGAUGUCCCAACUCAUGCCUGGCUUUGUGCCUCCAGCCAUCAACCCCGCUUUCCAGCAAAAUGGUCAGCAGAACGGUCGUUCGCUCUUCGAUCGGGUUGAACGCCAGGGCCAUCGUGGAGGACAAGGCCAUUUUUCCAAACGUGGGUUGCAACAGAGAAACAAGAACGCAAAUGGAGCGGACGUGGAUAUGGACACGGCGAUGGAUGGUGAACAAGACGAGAACAACACCGACAGUACCUGUCGCUUCAAUCUUCGUUGCACUCGAAAGGACUGCCCGUACGCCCAUCAGUCUCCUGCUGCCCCGGAAGGCACGGGGAUUGACGUGGCCGACAUCUGCUCGUUCGGAGCGGCUUGCAAGAACCGAAAAUGUACUGGGCGUCACCCGUCCCCAGCAGUGAAGUCUGCUCACCAGGCAGAGGCGAUGUGCCGGUUCUUCCCCAACUGCACCAACCCCCAUUGCACAUUCAAACACCCCGACAUGCCGCUCUGCCGCAAUGGAGCCGAUUGUUCCACCGAGGGGUGCAAGUUCACUCACCUCCAAACGGCUUGCAAGUUCACCCCCUGUCUUAACCCUAGCUGCCCGUACAGACAUGCCGAGGGCCAGCGGGGUGCUUUCUCCGACAAGGUGUGGACACCACAGUCGGGUGGCCAUGUCAGCGAGCGCAAAUUCGUGGACGAGAACGCUCCCGAGGAAUUGAUCAAGCCCGAGGACAACAACGAGGGCUCACAAGGCCAGGAGUUGACUGCCUGA